UUCAUCUCAAUCGACUCGUUGCAUUACGUUUGAAAGCUUGAAAACUGCGUCUGGGGAAACAUUUUGCUCGAGACAGGACGGGGUAAAAACCCGGUGUGUGGCACAGGGAAAAGGUACUCGUUGCAUUACUGUCUUUCGGUGUGUUUAAAAUGAAUUUCCGUAUCUCUUUCUUUUUCUUCGUUCCACUUAGGCAUCACACACCACACACGCACACACGCACAUAAUGAUUGACGUUCAUGCACAUAUCAACCUCGAGAACUUUCCACUUGAAACAAACAAUGCAGAGAAAAAGAAGGCGUUCCAUGAUAUACUUUCUGCUGCUAAAUCAGCCAAUAUCAGCCGUAUCGUGAGCGUAUCCGAAAAUAUCUACGAUGUACAACACAUAUUCGAUCUUGCUGCUCAGUCCGAUGGUCUUAUCAAGCCAGCCGUAGGCCUCCAUCCUGUCCAGCGUCUCGAUGUCAAUGAUACGCGUGAAAGAUCUGUUACUUUAAGUGAUCUAGAGCAUUUUGAACCUGUCUUGAAAGAAGCUAUUGCAAAUAAGAAGAUUUGCUGUGUAGGCGAAAUUGGACUCGACUAUUCACGACACAUUGUCACAACGAAUCAGUACAACGAUGGUCUUUCUGAAGAUGAAUCAAGGAAUGAGCAACGUCAAGUGUUCCGUCGUCAAGUUGAAUUGGCGAUGGCAGCUGAUUUACCUGUCAACGUGCAUUCAAGAUCGGCAGGACAUCAUGCACUUGAAAUACUGUAUGAAUGCAGAGCAACGCGUGUUGUUAUGCACGCGUUUGACGGCAGGCCAGCACAUGCUAAAAAGGCAGUAGAAGCAGGAUACUACUUUUCAGUGCCACCAUCCAUUGUUCGCUCACCGCAUUUUCAAAAAGUGGUGGCCGCGUUACCAUUAUCAAGCCUUUUGUUGGAAUCAGAUUCUCCUGCUUUGGGACCUGAGAAGGGCGUUGACAACGAACCUGCAAAUAUCACUUUGGCAGCUCAAGAAAUCGCCCGUAUUAAGGAUAUUCAGGUGGAAGAGGUCGUCAAACAAACUACUGCAAAUGCGCGUACUCUGUUCGGUCCUGCCAUCUAAAUAAAUCAGAAAAUACAACAGUAAUACAUAUUCUGAGGUGGGAGCAAGGACACAAUGUGUAGCAGUUUUAAAGUGCAGGGGCCAAGGUGUCAAUGGUUACACACAUGGUACAUCAGUGUCAAUAUUGCAUGAAGAUUCCGAUGCAACCAUUGGUCAAGACUUUGUUGAGAUGGAAGGCCGUAAUUGUUCCCAGACAGAUAAAAAGCGCGUGCAUUAAUGUACAUAGCUACCAGCGUGUAUGGAUCAUAUGAAACAGUCACCAUGUAUAGUUACGAAACUGUAUACUAUCAAUCUUCCUUAGUAUGAUGUAAGUGUUCACCUAGCUGUUUUUAUGUGAUACUGUAUGAAUAACCAAAAUCUGUG